AUGCAGUUGUCGGCGCGGCAGCAGCUCGGACGAAGACAGGAAAAGAAGGGUUGGUGGAAGUUCUUUGGAUCCCUCCUGAAUACUGCUAAUCAGCCCACUCCAGGGCGCUCAGGAUCCCAGGAUGGCAGCACUUCUGACCAACAUGGUAAUCUUCAGGAGGUGAGAAUUGAAGGCUGUGUGGGGCCUGAACAAGGCAAGGCUGUGGAGGCCGCUCCUCAUGAGAAACCCACUGCACAGCUAUUGGAACACCUGGAAGGCAUGGGCCAGGAGAAUCUGCCAGGCCAAAUUGAUGCCGGCCAGAACCGCCUCAGCUCCUGUGACAAGCCCUGUAUCCCUUUUUUCUACAAGGAUUAUGAUAUUAUUAUUAUUUAA